UAAGACUCGGAGGCAUUUCAUUCUCAGAUGUAGGAUCUAUCUGUCUCUAUACCAGCCAUGCCAUCUUCAAUGAGGAUGAGGUAAGGGAACCCCCCACUCAUAUUCCAUGUAUAUCCAUUGCUAAAGUUUCAACAUCAUCUUGCUGAUCUUGGUUACGAUCCUGCAUCCUCAGCCUCCCCGAGUGCAUGGCCAAGCUGGCGGCCGAUGGGCCUGUCAAAAAAGAGCCCGCAAACCGCCGGGUCAGGGCUCUCUUCAAGGGAGUAUGGGUAUUCGAUACGCUGCAAGCAGAGUAUGUCUGGGAGCAUCCCUACUUCCCUCUUUUCUGGAUUAACAUCGCGGCCAUUGAAGCAGGUCCGGGCGAGCUUGAAUGGGGCGCUGUAGAGGGGAAGGGCUUCUGGCUUGGAAUGCUCAUCGUAGAAGGCUACGAGAUCCCUAUUGCAGGGUUUAAGCAAGGCCCGCUGAAUGGGCUUGCAUUGAUCCGCUGGGAGGACAUGGAUGCAUGGUAUGCUGAGGACGAACCGCUUCUCGGCACACACCCAAAAGACCCCUACAAGCGGAUCGACUGCCUGCCGAGUUCGCGAGAGGUACGGAUUGAAGUCGACGGUGUCGUGGUAGCACGGUCUACCAACAGCGUGUUUCUGCACGAAACUGGGCUGAGACCACGGUACUAUCUCUCCCCCACAUCGAUUCUCGACUGGAGCAUGCUGUCAGAUAGCAAGUCCGUCACCAUCUGCCCAUACAAGGGAAAAGCGAGGUACUACCAUCUCAAGGUCGGCGAGAAGGUCAUUGAUGAUGCGAUUUGGUACUACAAAUACCCUACCACCGAAUCGGCCCCGAUCCAGAAUCGACUUUGCUUUUAUAACGAGAAGGUUGACGUGUUUGUUGACGGAGUGAAGGAGGCUUAGGACCCAGCAGGAUAUUAUGCAGCAAUCCAUGUUCUUGAUAAAUAGGUGCUUAGUGUGAUUAAUAUGAAAAAGUUCUUGGUCCAUAUCUCAAUUAUCUCCAGUGCCCUUGUCCAUUCCCUAGGCAAUAACCAAUGAUGAUGCAUGAUAGGAUAGCACUUCACAUCGGGCAGUGAUUCCCAUCUUAAACCACUCUUCAUCGACCCAC